AUGAGGCAUGUACUUAGCCAGUUUACCCGCACCGUGGCGACAACUUUUCGGGGAAGGCGUGGUACAGAAAGUUCUGAAAUUAAAAGGGUUAAGGAAUUUGGAGCAAGAGAGUUCAUGGGUAGAACAGACCCACCAGAAGCAGAAUCAUGGAUUACUGAUGUGGAGAGAAUUUUUGAGGUUCUGGAGUGCCCCGUUGGGGAUAGAGUUCGCUUGGCUACUUUUCUACUGAAGGGAAAUGCAUAUCAUUGGUGGAAAGCAGUAAAAAGGGGUUAUGAGAAUCCGGCUGCCAUAAACUGGGAGGAAUUUCAGCGGGUAUUCUCAAAGCAGUUUUACCCACCUUCCUACAGACAUUCAAAGAAGUCAGAGUUCCUAUAUCUGAAACAGGGGUCUAUGUCAGUGGUGGAGUAUGAACACAAGUUUAAUGAGCUGUCUAGAUUUGCUCCAGAGCUGGCAGCUGAAAGGGUAUCGAGGAAACUCAGUGGGAGUGUUGGCAGGCCCCAUAGAGAUACACCAGGAAUUGGUGGGCCCAGUCAGGGUCCAUCAAAGAGAGGAGGAUCUAGCUCCAGUUCUGCUAGCGACGGAUGGUCAGGAGGACAGGGAUCUAGUUCUAGUAAUGGGAGAUCCGGUUCUCAUCCAGCUUGGACUCAAUACUCAGGGCUGCAGUCUAUAGCUAGCACAGCUAGGGCUCCUUCCAAGCAGACUGGGUUGACAUGCUUUAACUAUGGGCAGGUUGGGCAUAUGGUGAAAGAUUGUCCUAGCUAUACUCAUGGAGGUGGACAGAGUCAGAGUAGUAGCUUGACAUGCUACUUUUGUGGGCAAGUGGGGCAUACUAAGAGAAGCUGCCCAAUUAUACUCCAAAGUAAUGCAGCAGUCCAGGGAACUGGGGCCCAGCAGGGGCAAGGUAGUAUGGGUCAGAAUCAGAGUCAAGGUGGUGCUUCUUCCUCUGCAGCAGGGUUAUCCAGUAGCAGAACCGUCAUCUUCUAG